AUUUUGAAAUAAACUUUGCAGCUUGAUCAGAACUUUUGUCUUGCUGCCAUUCUUCGCGCCUCUUGUCCCUUCUUUUCUCAUCCACGAUAGGCUUGCCCGGGUUCCUGUCUGUUGCUCUGCGGGACAGAGCAAGUGGCGCCCAGACGUGGGGCUCGAUGCCGGCCUCCGUGGACCGCCGUCCCCAUUAACCGGUUCCCCGCACGGAGCACCGCGGACCGCCCGACCGCGAGCCGACUCCUGGAGUUCGUCCCUCGUUUCGACGGCGGCAUUACUCAGAAAAAAUGCUCUGCAUCCUCAUCCUCCUACUGCACCCACGCCUCUGCCCAGUCACAAAGGGAGGACUUGGAAAGCCAUCCGGAGACAUUUACACUGCCCUCUUUGGAGCGCCAUGUGACUGUAAAGGGGGGACUCAGGCCAAUAAUUACGCCACCCCAACUUACACUCAGGUAACAGAUUGUGGGGACAAAAAUGCCUAUCUUACCCAUGACACCAAUUGGAAUGGAGUAUCUUCACCUAAGUGGCUUUGUGUGCGCAAGCCUCCUAGUAUACCGGUCAUUAAUGGCCGCCCAGGCCCGUGCCCAAGCGAGUGCACAAACAACAUUAAAUCCCAGAUGCACUCCUCCUGCUAUUCUAGUUUCUCACAGUGUACUCAAGGCAAUAAUACUUAUUUUACUGCCAUUCUACAAAGAACAAAGAGCACCUCAGAAACCAAUCCUGUCACCAGCGGCCUACAACCUCAUGGGGUCCUCCAGGCCGGAUGCGAUGGCACGAUUGGAAAAUCUGUUUGUUGGAAUCAGCAAGCCCCUAUUCAUGUCUCCGACGGUGGCGGACCCCAAGAUGCUGUGAGAGAGCUUUAUGUACAAAAACAAAUAGAACUUAUUAUUCAAAGCCAAUUCCCUAAGUUAUCCUACCACCCCCUAGCUCGCUCAAAACCAAGAGGACCUGACAUUGAUGCGCAAAUGCUUGAUAUUUUGUCAGCCACCCACCAGGCCCUCAAUAUCUCCAACCCCAGCCUAGCCCAGAAUUGCUGGUUAUGCUUAAAUCAAGGUACCUCCAUGCCCCUAGCCUUCCCUGUCAAUAUAUCUAGUUUUAAUGCCUCACAAAAUAAUUGCACCCCCAGCCUACCCUUUAGAGUCCAGCCCAUGCCUUCCCAAGUAUACCCUUGCUUCUUUAAAGGUGCACAAAACAACAGCUUUGAUAUUCCGGUUGGCGUUGCCAACUUUGUAAACUGCUCCAGUGGUUCCAACCACAGUGAGGCCCUUUGCCCUGGCCCAGGCCAAGCUUUUGUUUGCGGCAACAACCUCGCCUUUACUGCUCUGCCUGCAAACUGGACAGGGUCAUGUGUGUUAGCCGCCCUCCUGCCAGAUAUAGACAUUAUUUCUGGUGAUGACCCUGUCCCUAUCCCUACCUUUGACUAUAUUGCAGGGCGGCAAAAACGAGCCGUUACACUGAUCCCCCUGCUAGUAGGAUUGGGUGUCUCUGCAGCAGUCACCACCGGUACAGCAGGACUCGGGGUAGCUGUUCAAUCUUACACAAAACUUUCCCAUCAACUUAUUAACGACAUCCAAGCCUUGUCUAGCACCAUCAAUGACUUACAAGACCAACUAGAUUCCCUAGCCGAAGUAGUCCUACAAAACAGAAGAGGCUUAGACCUACUCACUGCAGAACAGGGAGGUAUCUGUUUGGCUCUACAGGAACGUUGCUGCUUUUAUGCCAACAAGUCAGGAAUUGUCCGAGAUAAAAUAAAAAAUCUACAAGAAGACCUCGAACGAAGACGCAAGGCACUUGCAGAUAAUCCCUUCCUCACCGGCCUCAAUGGACUUCUCCCUUACCUCCUCCCCUUCCUUGGACCCUUAUUCGCUAUCAUCCUGUUCUUCUCUUUUGCCCCCUGGAUCCUAAGACGAGUAACAGCGUUAAUCAGGGAUCAGCUUAAUUCCUUACUGGGAAAGCCCAUACAAAUCCACUAUCACCAACUAGCAACGCGUGAUCUAGAAUAGGGCAGACUGUAGCCG